AUGGAAGUUACCACAGCAGUCCAACCAUCUCCGUUAAAACGGCUCAACACUUUUAUCGGCAAAUCACGCGUUGGAAAACAUUUCAAACUCAUCGAACGUAAGUCUAAUUUCACAACCGAGCUUCGUGCCGGAACAGCCACGUUCUUAACAAUGGCGUACAUACUUGCUGUCAACGCCACCAUCUUAUCCGACUCGGGCGCCACUUGCUCAGUCUCGGACUGUGUCCCUCUUUGCUCCAACCCGUCUUUCACCGCCACAAAUUGCACCGGACCCAAUCUUACUCUAAUCCAACCUGAUAUUUCAUGCAAGUUUAGCCCGGUUAACCCCGGGUACACUGCAUGUCUGGAGAGAGUUCGAAAAGACCUAAUUGUCGCCACGGUGGCGUCGUCCCUCAUCGGGUGUGUCAUCAUGGGUUUGUUCGCAAACUUGCCAUUGGCUCUGGCCCCUGGAAUGGGGACAAACGCCUACUUUGCAUACACGGUUGUUGGGUUUCAUGGUUCCGGUAACGUAUCAUACGAAAGUGCACUUGCAGCGGUUUUCAUCGAAGGGUUAAUAUUUCUAUUAAUCUCAGCCGUUGGAAUACGAGCACAGCUCGCAAAGUUAGUUCCAAAACCCGUACGGAUCUCCUCAUCAGCCGGUAUAGGAUUAUUUUUAGCGUUUAUCGGGUUACAAAAUAACCAAGGAAUCGGUCUAAUCGGGUACAGCUCAUCCACUCUCGUUACACUAGGCGCGUGUCCAGAAUCUUCACGCGCUCCGUUGGCUCCCGUUACAACUUUCCCAAAUGGCACUAUUUUAUUGGUCCCAGGCGGGUCAGUAUCGGGAGAUAUUAUGUGUGUUGGUAACAGAAUGGAGAGCCCGACGUUUUGGUUGAGCGUGGCCGGGUUCGUAAUUAUCGCGUAUUGUUUGGUUAAAAACAUUAAAGGCGCAAUGAUUUACGGCAUUGUGUUUGUUACUGCCGUUUCAUGGUUUCGUAACACUCCUGUUACCGUGUUUCCUGACACGGCAACAGGCAACUCUAGUUACGAAUACUUUAAACAUAUAGUGGAUGUUCACAAAAUUAAAGCGACAGCGGGCGCGUUAAGUUUUAGCGGGAUAAGCAGUAGUUCAUUUUGGGAAGCAUUGAUCACGUUUUUAUAUGUUGAUAUUCUAGACACAACGGGAACUUUGUACUCAAUGGCACGUUUUGCGGGUUUUACAGACGAAAAUGGGAAUUUCGAAGGACAGUAUUUCGCCUUCAUGUCGGAUGCAACCGCAAUAACAAUCGGCUCGUUACUUGGCACUUCACCCGUGACGGCUUAUAUUGAGUCGUCAACGGGGAUACGAGAAGGUGGGAGGACGGGGAUAACGGCGUUAGCGGUAGCAGGUUAUUUUAUGUUGGCAUUUUUCUUUACACCGUUAUUGGCGUCGAUACCGAAAUGGGCGGUAGGACCGCCGUUGAUACUGGUGGGAGUGUUGAUGAUGAGAUCAGUAGCGGAGAUUGACUGGGAAGAUAUGAAGCAAGCAAUACCAGCGUUUAUGACGUUGAUAUUGAUGCCAUUAACGUAUUCGAUAGCUUAUGGUUUGAUAGGGGGAAUUGGGACGUAUAUGGUACUUAAUUUGUGGGAUUGGGUUGUGGGGAUUUUUAGUAAAUAUGGUAUUAUUAAAGGUUGUAAAAAUAGUAGUGGUCUUAGUUUAGGGGGUAGUCCUGUUAGUAACAGAAAUGUUGUGGUAGAAAGUAGGAAGACUAUUGAGGUUUAG